GCAAGUACUCUCUCUCUCUAACCCCUUUAGUACGUCUCUCUUCUCUUCUCUUCUCUUCUCUCUCCUAAAUGAAACACCCACCUCAUAAUAAAGUAACAAGUCUAGGAUUCUAUCUCUCUGUCUAUAGUACCAAAUCCUGCGGGAACAAGGUAUCGAUCUAAACACUAAACUCGUCUGCACAAAUGUGGGGUUUCCAAAACAAGGCUCAUUUCUUGAACACUGGUUUGCGUUCCUAUAGAUCAUUAUAUCUCAAUCCACUCAGUGAGCUCAAUCAUGGGGAUAGCAGUGAGUUGGAUAGCAGUGAGGAACUCAGGAUGGAGUUGCGGAAGGACACUGUUAUGUCUUCAAAGGAGGAGCGAUUGAAGGAUAGUAAAUCAGAAGAGAGAGGAAAGAGGCCUAAGUUGCAGAGUCAUGGCGCUUGCAGCGAUAGAAAAAUGGGUCUUGAACCCUGUAGAGAGAGAAAGGAGAGUGAUUCAAGAAUUGGGUUUUCUAAGACUCCAAUGAUUCAUAAAGAAUCAAGAGCCCUGCUUCACCAUCCUCUUCCGAGGGAUAUUGAAUGUUGCACUUGUUAUAUAGUUCAAGAGAGAUCACAAAGGCUUCAAGGAGCUUCUCUGUACUCUCUUUACACUGAUGAGGGCAGAGGGCGAGAGAACCGAAAACUGGCAAUUGCGAAGCACCAAAGGAAAAAUGGAAGAUCCCACUUCAUUUUAGCCCAAAACUUGGAGGCCCUCAAGUCUACAUCCAGUGAAGGUUUCCAUGGAACUGUGACUGCUAAUCUCAUGGGCACUCAAUAUCAUAUUUGGGACCAGGAAACAUGCCCACAUUUGCAAAGAGAAGAUUCGAAGAAGCUUCUCGCUAUCGUCAUGUUCAGGCCCACCAUAGCCACUCUGACUGGGAGUUUUAGAAGGAUGCGAGCUUACAUCCCGAAGCAUCAGAUGCUGCACUCGAGGAACCCUUCUCAGAUGCAGAAUUCAAAGGGCUUGCCGAAGGACUGGAAGGAGGACAUGCAUAAAGUGCACCAGUUGUUUUCUAAAUCCCCCAGUUACAAUAAAAACUCGAAGUGUUAUGAGCUCGACUUCAGGGAAAGAAGCAGAUCAGAUAUUCAGAUUCAAGCAUCAGCAAAGAAUUUCCAACUUGUAAUGCAGGGUGAGAAUGGAAGGAAAUGUGUUCUUCUCCUUGGGAAGAUAGGCAAGUCCAAAUAUGUGAUGGACUACAGAUUUCCUUUGAGUGGUUACCAGGCCUUAUCCAUAUGCUUGGCCUCCAUUGAUUCAAAGUUGUGUUGCUCCCUCUAAUCUCAGUGAACAUUAAAGGGGGAGUACUCAUUUUCUCGCUCUACAUAUAAUAAGAGAAAACCGACUUCCAGCUAUUACAACUUCGAUGGAAAAGGUGCUUAAUACACUAAAACUUUCGAAAAUUUGAUUACCACAUUCUGUUAUGUAGUCUUAUUUUAGAAGAGCCUGCCAUUUAAAUUAGUAGUUAUCUUCUUGAGUUGUUUGUAUUCAUAUUCUAUAUUAGCUAAGCCAAAGUUAUAGUGUCCUUGAUGCAUUUUAAACAAGGUCUUGAAAUACUUGACAGUGGUAAUUUAUAAAUUAUAUAUUAGGCUUUA